AUGGCUACCACCGUGGAUCCCAAGGAGAAGUUCUACCGUCACUUUCGUGACAGCAUUGAAGUUCUUCAAGAUCAGAUUGAUCAAUUGGCACAUCUAUCUUCCAUCGGAGGCGAGCGACAAGAGGCUACAGACCACAUCCUGGCUGGCAUCAGCAAGCUGCAGAAUGAGGUUGCCGAUGCCGCCGAAUUCACCCCGGCAUACGAUCGACGCCAAUACUCAGAUGCAAUCAAAAGCCUCCAAGAUAAGCUCAACGAAACGAUUGCCAAAGUAGCACCAAAGUCACGCUUCCAGUUUCGGCGCACUGGAACCGACCAUGUUGACAUGGGAGCACCCGAAAACGACCCGCGAUUGAACCCGGGCAGCUUAUCCCGACGCCCUCAUAGUCCAAAACGUGCACCCGGAGCAGCGAGAAGCAUAUCGGAAGAGGCCCGGGAUAUCGUGGGUGAUCUGCCAUCCAGGGGAAAAGAUUACAACGAGGAGCUGGCAAAGCUAGGUGCCGGAUCUAUUCGCAAGCCCAGCUUCUCUGCUGCUCAGAGUAUUGGCAUCUCGGACCAGACUGGCCUUCACAUUAUCCUUCCCUCCUCUGCUUCGCGAGCUACCGCAUCGGGAUCGCUGCGGGACCUGAAAGACUGUGUUAUUGACCUUUCAAUACCCACAGCUCAAGGAGCACCGUUCCCCGGUCUCAUCCUCAAGAAUAUCGACAGAUGUCUUAUCGUGGCCGGUAGGGUAAAUGGACCAAUACACAUCAACGAUGUGUCCAACAGCACUUUGGUCGUUGUGGCGCAUCAGGUCCGAAUUCAUGACUGCAAAAACGUCAAUAUCUAUCUGCACUGCGCUAGCCACCCCAUUAUUGAAGACUGCUCAGGCAUGCGCUUUGCUCCUCUUCCUUCGUGUUAUCAAACCGAGUCCGAUAAAUCGACAGAGAAUCAGUGGGACCAGGUUGAUGAUUUCAAAUGGUUGAAAACAACCCCGAGUCCCAAUUGGACCACUCUAUCCGAAACCCAGAGGCUUGACGAGGAGGUUUGGACCAAGAUUGUACCGGGCCAACCAGGCGGCAGUGUCGAAAAAAUUCUGGCCAAGGUUGGAAUUCCGCCGAAAUGA